UUUAUUGCAAUAAUGUCAAUUGUCAUCUAUUAUAUUAUAAACUUACGAAUAUGUUUAUAAAAAAGAACAUUAUAUAUUUUGGUAUCGGUAUAGGAUUUUCACCAUCUUAUUUCCAGGAUCCCAACACAAUUUACAACUGCAUAUAAACAAUAAAUAGCUUGUGGUGUGGUGCAACAUAUAAGGAUGAAGUUGGAGGAAUGUGCCACUGUGGUGUGUAAUACGGUGGUAACUGGCAGUGGUGGGCGCGCUCAGAGACUAGCGGUGGAGAGCAGCGGCACACUGGCGCUGUACGAGGGUUCUGUUCGGUUGCGGUCUUGGCCACUACAUAUUGCGAGACUCCGCUCAGAUCUACCAAAUUGUGAAAUAAGUAUUGAAAUGGGCGGAGAGACUGUUAAAUGGGCGUGUCCCGAUGAAACAUCACGCGCUCACCUAAACCGCGCAGCGGUCGCCGCCACUUCGUCUACUUCCAACAAUUCUCUUUCGGAAACUGAGCUAGCUUCUUUGCUAGAAGAUGCCGAAAUCGAAGAAGGCGACGCCGAAAGACGUGUCAAGAGGCUGGCCGAGAAAUUAGCUCGACUGGAUGCUCUGAACGUCGGAGGCAUGUUGGCUGCUGCCACGGAAGGAGGCGGCGCUAGACUUGCCGCCAGGCUUGAGGAGGGCAGCGCGCUGGGCGCGUCGCUUUCGGCGCGAGCGGGCAGGCUGGAGGCGCUGGCGCGGGCCGGCGGAGGAGCGCUGCCGGCGCGAUGGGCGGGCGGCAGGGCCGACGACGGCGCCCGGGCCCUCCGCGCCGAGCUCGCCCACAUCGCGGCCUGGCUGGACGCGCCCGCCCUCGCCGACCUCGACCGACUCCCCGAGAUACCGCUGGCGACCGCGGAGGGAAGGGCGCGGGCGUCGGCGGCGGCGGACGCGCUGAUCGACGCGCUCGAGGCCGAGCGGACCGCGCCCGCCGCCCGCCUCCGACUGGCCGCCGUGAGGGAACGGCUGCGCCGCCUGCGUCGCGCUCGGGAGCAGCUGGCCGCCGCCGUGGCCCGCCACCUCAACAACGCGCUCAUCCACCUCGCCAACGAGGCGCAGACGGCGUCGGGAGGUCCGCCGCGCCGCCACCACGCCGAGCUGGCGCCGUACGCUCCGCUCGCGCGCCGCCUGCGCGAGAUGGACGAACGCGCGCACGAGGCGCUGCUGCGCGUCUACGUGUCGACCUGGAGCAAGCUGUACGAGCGCGAGACGGCGGCCGCCUGCGCCGUCGCCCGCGAGCGCCUCGACCGGCCCGACCGCGUCGACGCGCCGCUCGCCGACGUGCUCACCGCGGUGGAGACGUCGUGCGACGCCGAACAGGAUUUCUGCACGCGCUUCUUCGCUCUCGACGUCGAUCGGAAGGACGGCGGCGAGGGCGAAAAGAGCGAGGCCGCGGUGAGGCGCACCAUGGGCGAGCUGUUCCCGGCGCUCGAGCAACAGCUGCUGGGGCUGCUGGCGCACGUGGAGCGGGACCCGUUCGGGGCCAUGCGAGCGCUGGCGUGGCUGGGCCGGCGCGUACUCGGCGACGGCGGAGAGGCGGCCGACGGGCGCUGGUCGCGGCAGGUGCUGGCGGCGGUGGCCGUGGCCGCCAAGCGCGCCGCCGACCGCGCCCUCGCCGAGCGCCUGGCCGCGAUGCCCGACGCCGUCAAACAGGCGGCCAAGAAGCCCAAGUGCGGCAUCUUCGGCUUCAUCUCGGAGCUGGAGGAGGUGAGCGGCGAGUGCGAGCGGAUCUUCGCGGGCGGCAGACGCGCCGAGCUGGACCGCUGGUACUGCGCGCUCGUGAGCGGCGCGAUGGCCGCCGUGGAGGCCGCCGAGCAUCCGCGCACGCCGCGCGACGUCGUGCAGCUCGAGAACUUUCAUAGGUUGCACGCGGCCCUGAGCGCGCUGCGCGUGCCCGCGCUCGAGCCGCUGCGGCGCGAGGCCAAGCGGCGCUACGCCGACGCGCUGCGCCGCUACGUGACGCUGUCGUUCGGGCGGCCGCUCGACAAGGUCGCCGCCUUCUUCGAGGGCGUCGCCGAGGCGGUCGCGGCGGGCGCCCGCGAGGACGAGGUCUGCUUCCGCGCCGCCUUCGGCAAGCACGAGCUGCGGCGUCUGCUGGCGCUGUACCCGCCGCACGAGGUGCGUCGUUCGCUGCACCGCCUGUACCGCAGCGUGGAGAAGCACCUGAGCGAGGAGGCGGGGCUGCUGCAGGUGGUGUGGCGCGCCAUGCAGGAGGAGUUCCUGGCGCAGCACGUGGCGCUGCAGACGCGCAUCGCGGCCUGCUACCCCGGCGCCGGCUUGGCGCUGCCCCUCGACACGGCCGACAUCCUGAGCGCCUUCUCGGACAUCGCGCGCGACCACUGACUCCGGUCGAGGGAGCCCAUUGCGAUGACGAGUUUUAUCUAUAUACAUACACGCAGAAAAUAUUGAAUUAAAGAACACACCAUGCACGUACAUCAAUAAUAAGUAUGUACGACAUACACAAAAUCACAAUUAAUUUAAAACACAUUUAUAAGGUGUUGAGGUUAUUCAAAACUAACAAAUUUCAUUAUUUAACCGGCAUAGAUGUUUAGGGGAAUGGUGGUUAUCCGAACCGAAUAUAGAGAAUUUAAUCAUAUAGUUUUCAACUUCCCUCCCUUAUCUCGUCAACCUGGAGUAUUGGUUCGCCAUUUUGAUGUGAAUUUAAAAGCAUCUUAUUUCGAUGUUGUGGGCACACCAUCUCGGUAUGCCCACAACAUCGCUUUGUCACAAUUCCACAUCUCGCGUAUAAAACAAAUACUAGAUUUAACAAACGAACCUAUAUCAUUUAUAAACAGCGUAAAAAGAUCAGGGCCAAGAUGAGAACCUUGUCAAACUCCUACAAAAGAAGUGUAGUAUAGCAAUAUGUUGAUUUUUUCUUUAAUCCCAAUUAAUUUCUUAUUUUUGUAAUAAUAUUUCGUGUGUAACUUGUUUAUUGGUUAUGCAUUCUUGUUAAUUUAGGGUCACCCGUUAGGAAAGUGUCGAACACUGUAGCGGUUGAAACUCCAAAAGGAAUUCAAUCGAUCGUAUUACAAGUAACCCAAUAUAUGUGUAGAGAGUGAGGUAUUUUUUUAGACAAAUGCUAUCUGAAAUCUUUAAAAAGCGUCGUUGAGUCUUAUAAUCGCCGCAGAUUCUCACUUGACCCGUUGGUUUAACAACGUUGACAGUGGAUGUCGCCCUUUCUACUGGUCUAAUGUUUGGAUCUGUUAAAAUACUCUCUGUAAGUACAGGUUUAGUUCCGGGUUUAAGUGUAUUUCGACCUUAUAAUAAAUUUUUCCACCGAAAAUAUUUUUUUUUUAUGAAGUUGCUUCUUUAGUUAGGUUAGUUAGUCUAGGAAAUACUAUACCACAAAGUUAUUUCCGAGUUGACGAUGGUUUACUGUUUUUGUUCUGUGAUUAACAUUUCUUAAUCUUAUUAAUAAUUGAAGUUAUUGUGGCGUGUUCCACAAGUUCCGCAAUUUCAAAAUCAACAUGAUAGAGAGUGGUAGCAAGUUUGUCAUCAAAGCCGCAGUCGUCUAUUGGCUUAUGUUUAAUGGACUCAUUAUCCUUAUUGCAAUUCCAAAAAUCUAUUAAUGGAGGAUGUUAUAACAAUUAAAUUAUUUUUAAGUACAGUAGAUUUAAUCAUACAUGAAAAUUGGACUUGAAAAAGUAAUCUAAGCUUAUCCAAAAAAUAGGCUGACUAUGAAAAAUGUGAAAAGAGUGUAUAUUUAAUGUUGUUUAUAUAGGUUAUAGGAUAUAAUGGUAAUUAUAUGUAUUUUUAUUAAUAAAAUAAUAUAUCAAUUAAA